CCGAAAUCUUUCCCCUCAUUUCUAUACGCGUUUUAUUAUCUCUUGAUUCUAUCGCGGUGUCGUUUUGAUUUUUUCCUUUUCUAAUUUAAACAUUCAUUUCCUUGAAUUUUCUGGCAUCGCCAUGGCAUCAUCGAUGGAGAUUGAACCACUGACAUCAGGAGCGAGCAAUCGUAUAAUUCCGAUUUUGAAAACCCUACGGACAUCUCUCAUUUACUUGCAGACGCUGAUUUUCUAUGUACUUCUGCUUUUCCUACCGCGCCGCCGGCACUCUUGCCCGCAAUCCACGGCCAGUUCUGGGGACCCGCAGAGUCCGGCGAAGAGUUCCCGGCGGAAGUCAGUUUGGAGGCGAGAGGAAGAAGAUACAAUAAGGAGAAGAGCCUUGGCUGAAGGUCUGGACAUGGGCUUCGUGACCGGAGAUGGGGAGGUCCGGUGCCACUGGAAUUCCUCUUUGUUUUUUGGGGUUCGCAGCAACGCUCUCUUUUGCCGGUCUUGGUUCCCGAUUACCGGUGAAUUGAGGGGUAUUUUGAUCAUUAUACAUGGGCUCAAUGAGCACAGUGGGAGAUAUGCUCAUUUUGCAAGGCAGCUAACCUCAUGCAAUUACGGGGUAUAUGCGAUGGACUGGAUUGGCCAUGGUGGGAGUGAUGGAUUGCAUGGAUAUGUUCCUUCCCUUGAUUAUGUUGUUGCAGAUACUGGGGCUUUCUUGGAAAAAAUCAAAUCAGAAAACCCUGGUGUACCAUGCUUUCUCUUUGGUCACUCUACUGGUGGAGCUGUGGUUUUGAAGGCAGCUUCAUAUCCUCAUAUUGAAGAAAUGUUGGAAGGAAUCAUACUUACCUCACCAGCUUUGCGAGUUAAGCCAGCACAUCCCAUUGUUGGGGCCGUUGCUCCUAUUUUUUCUUUGGUUGUUCCAAGAUUCCAGUUUAAAGGUGCAAACAAACGGGGCAUUCCAGUUUCAAGGGAUCCUGCAGCACUUUUGGCAAAGUACUCUGAUCCAUUGGUUUAUACAGGCCCCAUUAGAGUUCGAACAGGUCAUGAGAUACUACGGAUUUCCUCUUACUUAAUGCGGAAAUUCAAGUCUAUUACUGUCCCAUUCUUCGUUCUUCAUGGAACUGCAGAUAGAGUAACUGAUCCAUUAGCAUCCCAGGAUCUAUAUAACGAGGCAGCCUCUAAGUUCAAAGACAUAAAGCUCUACGAUGGCUUCUUACAUGACCUUCUUUUUGAGCCUGAGCGCGCGGAGGUUGCACAGGAUAUAAUUGAUUGGAUGGAGAAAAGAUUAGGUACUGGAAGUGGAAUAGUGGGCAGCCUCUUAUAGAUCCUUUAUGUUAAUUUACCUUGGAAGUAAUUCGAGGUUUUUAAAGGUUUGGGGAUAGAUAGGAAAGUAAAAAGCACAUACAUAUAGAGUUUAACUACCAAAUGUAUGUAUUGGGGGGGGGUGGCUCUCUUGUUGGGAACUUGUUAACCGGUGUAGUGAAAAUAUAUUUUCCAUUGGGUUUC